AGAGCGUACCUGCUUGCGUAUACAAGUGACAGAGAAUACCCACCGCGAAAUAACAACUAAAGCUAUAAACUUUGGUGUCGGUGUUUCACUCUCGUUGCGGGCGGAAGCGGAUCAAUUUCGCUUCGCCGUAGCUCACCCAGUCGGCGUACACUGCGCAUAGCAGCUGCUGGAGGAAACAUUUUAGGCGAUGCCUUCGAGUUUCUCAACAGCGUGGCAAACUGGACAAGUGAGGGUGGUGCGGCGCUAGGUGUAAAUCUCGGGGAAAGCUCGGCAGGUUGUUUAGGGCGUGAAGACGUGCGUAAACGCUGUGCGAAUGAAAUACUUGACACACCUGUUCUUCGUCUUGGAAUGGCACUGAUUGCGUUGAAUUGGUUAUUGGCAGAAUGGUGAAGUACACGCAGUUUGCGAACGAAAGCAUGGAGCAGAUAGGUGCGACGAGCAGCAACGGCACGACAACCGGCCAAGAACCGACAGAGGUGGUGGUGAUUGAGAAAAACCACCAGCUGAACAGCAGCGCGUUUGAACAACCCAGCGAGCAGAUCGCAAGGCAUGUCAUGUUAAAGAGAUUUGUGGAGCACUUGGGAUUCAGGCUCUUCAGUUUUUCUUUAAUUAUUAUUGACAUAAGUGUAUUAAUAGCUGACCUGUGCCAACCAAACAAGCCGGCACAUGUCGAGAAAGCCUAUGAUAUCGUGGCACUAUGCUUUGUGUCCUUCUUUGUCCUCGAGAUCUUCUUUCGAAUGUAUGCACAAGGCACUGGAGAGUUCCUGAAGCAUUGGUACAAUGCUGUCGACUUUGUUGUCGUCAUGUUGUCGUUCGUUGCCACCGUUGCCUAUGUGUCCGUCGAAAUAUCCGGUUACUACAAACUUCUGGUAAUCGGUCGAAUUGUGCGAAUAGUUAGCCUCCUUCGAAUCUACACAGAGAAGAAAAAUUUGACCAAAGGAGCCAGACUCAUGGUGUCUGAGAAUAAGAGGCGGUACAGGCAGGAUGGCUUCGAUUUGGACCUUGUUUAUGUGACUGAUAGGAUCAUUGCUAUGUCAUAUCCAUCAUCUGGAAAGAUGUCGUGGUAUCGAAACCCUAUUCAAGAAGUGGAGAGAUUUUUCAACACGAAACAUCCAAACCACUAUCGCAUCUACAAUAUGUGCAGUGAACGAACCUACGACAACAGCCACUUCAAUGGUUGCAUUGAACGAUAUCUAAUUGAUGAUCACAAUGUACCUUUACUUAGGGAUGCAACCGAGUUCGUGGCAAGGGCUCAAGCAUUCUUGAAUGAGGAUCCCGAAAAUGUAGUGGCUGUCCAUUGUAAAGGUGGCAAAGGGAGGACAGGAACAAUGAUUUGUAUGCUGCUCAUGCACAAUGGCCUUUUUGAGUCUGCGCAGGCAAGCUUGGAGUACUUUGGAAAUGUCCGCACAGACAAGACUGUCGGGACAAAGUUCCAGGGUGUUGAAACCCCUAGUCAGAGCCGGUAUGUAGAAUACUUUCAAGAGGUGAAGGAAAAGCACGAUGGAGUGGUGCCCGACGAGGUUCCAUUGAAAGUGAAGGAAAUCAGAAUAUACAAGCUAUCGGGUGUUGGACAAGGCAAUGGAACAGACUUUUCAUGUGAAAUCUUUGAAGGAAAGACCAAGAUGCACGAGAUGGACUUCGGGCGUCAAAUGAACUGUCUGGUACACUACCGUUCUGAAGCUGAUGUUCUUGAAGUGAGUACCCUGAACUUCCCUGCUGUCAAAGGGGACGUGAAAUUCAAGUUUUCCUGCCGAAGCCCAUCUGUGCCUCGAGGUUACGAUGACUGUCCAUUUUACUUCUGGUUCCACACCAGCUUCAUCAAAGACAACAAGUUGUACUUGCCAAGAGACGUUCUUGACAAUCCUCACAAGCCGAAGACGUGGAAGGUGUAUGAUGAUGGCUUUGCUGUCGAACUAAUCUUUACCAAUCCAUCCUGAGCCGAAGAGGCAGCCGCGGCAACUGGUGCCUCGUUUUCACUGUGAUGUGCAAUACUGGCCAAUCUACUCAACUCGGCCGCACUCAAUGUCGGUAGUGUAGAGAACAUGCAACGGUCACAAUUGACGCUUCUAUUUAUGGGAACUCUGGUACAGAGAUCCAUGUACAUACCGCUUGUAUUACAGAUUAUUCUUUAUUAAUGUAUGUUUAUGCAUUUGUAGUAUGUUACGAAUAAAAUGGGAGCAGUGCUCUAUUCUGUAUUUUCAAGAUAUGGCUCUGCAACCUUUAUUGUGAACUAGGCAUUGUAAUGUCUGAAUGAACACUGUGAAACAGGACUUUCUGCAGUACUUAUUUUAGUUGUCUAACGCCUAAAUUGAAAUAAAAAUUGAAGUAAAGACACUGUA